AUGGAACUUGAACAACCGUUGCUGCCACCGGUCGACCAAGGCAGAGGAGCAUGGCUGAUCCUAGCAUCCUGCUGUCUUAUCCAACUUCCAGUGUGGGGGUUCUCCCUUGUCUCCGGUCUUUUCCAAGAAUAUUUCGAGUCUCACGAUGAACUUGAAGGAGGCACUGGAGGUUUGGCGAUUGUGGGAACCACAUCGAUGGGAAUUCUUUACCUGUUAUCGCCUAUCAGUUUUACCCUCCUGACCCGCUACCCUCAUAUGCAGAGAUACUGUGCUCCGGUUGGACUGGUUCUCAGCGUCGGAGGGUCGUUACUGUCAUCCUUCGCCCAUACUGUCUGGCAAUUGAUAGCCACCCAGGGCGUCCUCUGUGGACUGGGGAACGGCCUCGUCUUCAGCCCAACGACGCUCCUUCUCGACCAGUGGUUCAUUCGCCGCAAGGGCCUUGCAUAUGGCAUCAUGUGGGCCGGCAAAAGCGUCUGCGGCGUGGCUUUGCCCUUCUUGACAAGCGCUGCACUGGAUCGAUACGGAGCGAAAACCACCUUACGAGCCUGGACAGUUAUCACGCUUCUCACGACUUCGAUAGCACUUCCCUUCAUCAAGCCCCGAGUUCCUCCCGCGGCGUCCACGUCGCCCCAGCCUCUCAACCUCGCGUUCCUAAAGUUGCUCACGUUCUGGACACUGGAGCUCGGAAACAUCAUCCAGAGUCUUGGAUACUUUCUCCCGAGUACCUACCUCCCAUCUUACUCGACAACGGCAGCCGGGCUAUCUGAAACGACCGGAACCCUCCUUCUGGCUCUGUUCAAUGCCACCUCCAUUGUUGGAGGCAUCGUUCUGGGCUCCAUGUGCGAUCGCUUCGCCGUCUCCAACAUCAUGCUGCUGUCGUCGAUGGGCUCGGGGCUAUCGGUGUUGUUAUUCUGGGGACUUUCUUCCACUGCCACAAACCACCUGUCUUCUUCCUCCGAGCAUCUGCAGGCUCAUACAGCGCUCGCCCUGCUGACGGUUUUCUCGAUCACCUACGGCUUCUUUGCCGGAGGGUUCAGUUCCACCUGGUCCGGAGUCCUGACGCAGAUUAAGCGGGAGAUGCCCACGUUGGAGACGGGGCUAGUCUUUGGGCUUUUGGCCGGGGGUAGGGGGAUUGGGAGUGUGAUCAGCGGGCCGCUCAGUGAGAAGUUGAUGCAGAGAGGUCCUGUUGCUGGUGUUCAUGGUGGAGUGAGCACGGGGUAUGCGACUGAUUACGGAGCAGUGAUCUUGUUUACAGGAGUCACUGCUCUGUUGGGAGGUUGGAGCUGGUUUUGGAGCUGGAUGAGGAAACUCGGGAGUGAUAUGCAGUCUUGA